CUUGGGGAGCCCCCGAUAUGGCCGGCGUCUUCGACAUCGACCUGGAAACGGAGGAAGGGAGCGACGGGGAGGAGCCUGAACUGGGGGCCUUGGAAGUGGACCCCGAUUUUCGUAGCAGUAGCUCAGAUUUUGUGCCAGGUUAUUAUGAGGAAAUUGAAAUAUCUGAAAGCAGCGUCAACAAUGGCCCAGAACGCAUUGGGCCCCACUGCUUUGAGCUACUACGUGUUUUGGGAAAGGGUGGUUAUGGCAAGGUGUUUCAAGUGCGGAAAGUACAAGGCACACAUUCUGGGAAAAUCUUUGCCAUGAAAGUGUUAAAGAAAGCCAAGAUUGCCUGUAAUGCCAAGGACACAGCACACACAAAGGCUGAGAGAAAUAUUCUGGAGGCCAUCAAACACCCAUUCAUAGUAGACCUCAUCUAUGCUUUCCAGACUGGUGGCAAGCUCUACCUCAUCCUGGAAUGUCUCAGUGGAGGGGAACUCUUCAUGCAGCUGGAACGGGAAGGCAUCUUCCUGGAGGACACAGCCUGUUUCUAUCUGAGUGAGAUCAUCCUGGCUCUUGGCCAUCUCCACUUUAACGGCAUCAUUUACCGGGAUCUUAAGCCAGAGAACAUAAUGCUAAACAGCCAAGGGCACAUUAAACUGACAGACUUCGGGCUUUGCAAGGAAUCCAUCCAUGAUGGUGCUGUCACCCACACCUUUUGUGGCACUAUAGAAUACAUGGCCCCAGAAAUAUUGAUGCGCAGUGGCCACAAUCGGGCUGUUGACUGGUGGAGCCUUGGUACCCUGAUGUAUGACAUGCUCACAGGAUCGCCUCCAUUUACCGCUGAAAACCGCAAAAAGACAAUUGACAAAAUCCUGAAAGGCAAGUUGAUGUUUCCGCCCUACUUGACUUCAGAUGCUCGGGAUCUGCUCAGGAAGUUUCUCAAAAGGAACCCCAAUCAACGAAUCGGGGGUGGGCCAGGUGAUGCUGGAGAUGUGCAGAAACAUCCAUUCUUCCGACAAGUUAACUGGGAUGACUUGUUGGCCAGGACAGUUGACCCACCAUUCCGGCCAUCUUUGCAAUCAGAAGAUGAUGUCAGCCAAUUUGAUACCCGCUUCACUCGCCAGACACCUGUGGAUAGUCCUGACGAUGGCACUCUCAGCGAGAGUGCCAAUCAGGCUUUUUUGGGAUUUACCUACGUAGCUCCAUCUGUGUUGGAAAGUAUCAAGGAAGGGUUUUCCUUCCAGCCCAAGUUGCGAUCUCCACGGCGACUCAACAGCAGCCCCCGCACACCUGUCAGCCCACUGAAGUUCUCACCCUUUGAGCCCUUCAAGCCAAGCACAACAGUAGAGUUAAUGGAGCUGUCAGCAACUCCUCUUGGGCCUGUACUAGAAGUCACGGCUCCACUGCCCAUCAAAACACCUUCAGGCACCAAAAAGAAGAAAGGCCGAGGACGGGCACGAUAACUGGGGCAGCAAGGAAAUCUCCGGAUACGCAUCAUCAGGGCCACCUUUGCUCCCAGCGAGAAAGGGAUAUCUGAUGUUGGUGCUUCCUUGAUUUCAGGACUAACUCAGCCAUGGUGCUUUUAGUUCAAUCUACAGUAAAUCUCAGAGGGAAGAUAAUAAUUAGGGAUGCACUAAAGGAGCUGCAAGGAGCAGAAUUCUGCCUUAUUAUCACCCUAGGAACAUUUGUCUGAGUGCAUCUUGAAAUUUUGCAGAGAGGAUAGUCAGAGGAAAAGCACAUGCUCUGGCUUACAUCGUGGCUGCUCUGGUUGAAAGCUCAGGACCUGCAAAGGAAACAAAGCAACUCUGAGAAAGUGGAAGGAGGGAUCAGGCUGCUUCUUCUGGGUGAAGCUUCUUUAUCUGUCUUCUUUUUCCACCAUGCAUCCAUUUGCCAAAAAUGAUCCCUUCUUCAGUGGUGGUUGUAGCAAGAUAAGGACUGCUGUUGACCGUCUCUGAAAUACUGGUGUCCUUAGCCACAAAUGAAUCUUCGCAGAUGGCACGGUGUCAUGCCUGGCUCAUAUUCAGAAAAAUGAGGGUUGUGCUGCAUAGAAAAGUUGGUUGGUUUUAGGAAUUGCUGCAGAGAGAAAUACUAAGCAAAGAGAGCUAGGGUGUUUUGCUUUGUUUUUGCCAGCCCAAUUACAAAAUCAACUAUUGAGGUA